AUGAGAAUUAUAACUUUAUUUGGACUGACUACGGUGACUUACGGUAAGUAUUAGUGAUACCUCACCCGACUAAAUUACUAUAAUAUAUACGAAUAUCUUGCUCUAACAUUUCUACCUUUAGUAGCUACUGCUUUUGGUCCCUACGAGAUCAGCAACCCCAAUGAGCGCGAUGGAUCCCGUGCUUCAGACCGUGAGCCACUUCAGGGACCCUUUUACAAUGGAAGGAAGAUUAGGCAGAUCGGGCAGCCCGGCCAGAUUAGACCCGGCCAUCUGGAAAGAGAAGAACGACAGGCUCUUCCCGGCCCGGGACAUCCAGCCAGAGAAGCAAGACAAAUUGGAAAACCUGGUCAGCCAGGUCCCCUUGGACCAGGGCACAUUGAAAGAGAGGAGCGACAAGCUCCUCCAAGCCCAGGUCAUAGAACCGCUAGACAAAUUGGAGGACCACCGGGGACAGGCCAUCUUGAAGAACCAAGAACAGAACGACAACCUCCCCUUAGACUCCCAGAGAAUAGGUAUUCUCGGCAGGUUGGUCAACCCGCUCCUCCACCGCAGAUCGGACGGCCAGGCCAGCCCGGGCCUCCAGGGCCAGGUCAUCUUGAGGAAUCAAGAACAGAACGACUAGCCCCAUCCGGUGCACGGGAGACUGGACAUCCGGGCAGAGAACCUCGUCAAAUCGGACAGCCUGGACCUCCGGGACAUCCGGCCCGGGCAGUUCGCCAACUCCUUCCUCCAAUCCAUCCACUACCAGCAGAUGACAAAGCCCGAGAAGUUCGUCAGGCCCAGCCCAUUCCCCCUCCUCCAACGGGUGAACAAUCACGAGAUGUUCGACAAGCUCCUCCUGCACCGCCAGGACAACCUCAUAGAACGGCUAGACAAAUCGGACAACCUGGCCCUCCUGGACCAGGCCAUCUUGAAGAGCCAAGAACUGAACGACAAGUCCCUGCUAUCACCCUCCACCGAAUGGCUCGUCAAGUUGGUCUUCCCGGCCCCGUUCGUCCUUACUGA